AAACUGGGUUAAUGACUUUGAAAUACUAUGAGAGGGAUACAGCAGCUGAUUUUAUGUUUUGGCGCGGGAUAGAAUUUUAGUAUCAGUAUCCUUCGUGAACUCUUUUUUGACGGUUAUUAAAUAUUUUAAAUAUAAAAUGUCUUGCCCUGAAUGUUAUUCAAGACUUGAUUGUUCUAUAUGUAAAAGAUGCCUUUACCAUUGUAAUUGCGGAUCUGCUGGUGUUUGUGGAUUUUCUACAUGCAUGUCAGAUAUUGAUUGUUCACAAUGCAAAAGAUGCCUCUACAAUUGUAAUUGCGGUUCCUCUGGUGUUUGUGGUCACUCUGCAUGUUCAUCAAAUCUUGGUUGUUCACGAUGCAAAAGAUGUCUUUACCAUUGUUAUUGUGGUUCUCCUAGCGCUUGUGGUUAUUCUAUAUGUAAAUCAAGUAUUGGUUGUUCACAAUGUAAAAAUUGUCUCUACCAUUGUGAUUGUGGUUCUUCUGGCGUUUGUGCCCAACCUACAUGUUUGUCAUAUAUUGGUUGUCCGCAAUGCAAAAAAUGCUUAUACCAUUGUAAUUGUGAUUCGGCUGACGUUUGCGGUCAUUCUGAAUGUAUGACAAUUGUUGAUUGUUCACAAUGCAAAAACUGUAACUACCAUUGUGAUUGUGGUUCUGCUGAUGUUUGUGAUCACUCUAAAUGCAAGGCAAGUGCUGGUUGUUCACAAUGUAAAAAUUGUAUUAAACAUUGUAAUUGUAAUGCCAAUGAUGGCAUUAACAGUAAAAACCGUAAAAACCGUGCGAAGAAUCGUGAAAAACGUAGUAGUAAGAAUCGCGGAAAAAAAAAUUGAAAAUUUUGGCGACUACAUAAAUUUUAAUGAAGAAAUAAAGAAUAACGUAUAAAUUAAAAAUUAAAUUCUAAAUAUCGUGUAUAUUUAAUACAGUACUUCAAACUU